CAAGGCUCCUGGGAACUGCCGGUGCCAGGCAAGAGUCCGAAAGGCACCGGGUUGGGCAAAGCCUUCGCCAGUCCCAGCUAGAGCGCCGGCGGCCGGCGCCAGCAGCAGCUGCGCACGGAGGAGCUUCUUGGAGGCAUGACGGACUGAAGGCAGGCAGGAGCAGCUGAACGACUUUAGGAAUACCGAUCGAUGCCAGCCAGCGCUGGGGACUUGCGGUGGAGGAUUUCAAUGGUUUGGGGAUCUGGGUGGAUUACCGCUCCGUAAUUCCGAGGCGGAGGAGGAAGAGGAGUGGGGAGGAGACGGGGCGCCUCCCCCCAAAAAGGAGCGCAACAAGAGAGUCCUCCUCCGAGCAGAGAAACAUGUAAAGAAAGCUGCUGUGGCUAGAGUCGCACACAGGGAGUUUUGAGAUAUAUGCUCCCUUUCUUCCUUGCUCUUCUCCACAGGAUGGAACAGAGAAAGCUCUGGCCUCGGACAUGGGACUCCGAUGGCUGGUCAGUGGCCCUGGUGUUUCUUUUCUUAGUCUUUUCACAGAACAUUAACAGCACUCCUAUCUAUAAUACGUUUCAUCCUGAGAACCGUGACUGGACUUUCAAUCACUUGACAGUCCAUCAGACGACUGGGGCAGUCUAUGUGGGGGCCAUCAAUCGGGUUUACAAGCUGUCUGGAAACUUAACUGUCUUGGUAGAUCACAAGACGGGACCUGAGGAGGACAACAGGUCCUGCUACCCACCACUUAUUGUGCAACCCUGCACUGAGAUCCUGACUCUGACGAACAAUGUUAACAAGCUCCUGAUCAUUGAUUACUCAGAAAAUAGGCUGCUGGCCUGUGGGAGUCUCUAUCAAGGCAUCUGUAAAUUACUGCGCCUGGAUGACCUCUUUAUCUUAGUAGAGCCAUCUCACAAGAAAGAACACUAUCUUUCCAGCGUCAACAAGACUGGCACUAUGUAUGGAGUUAUAGUUCGUUCUGAGGGAGAAGAUGGGAAGCUGUUCAUUGGCACAGCUGUGGAUGGUAAGCAGGAUUAUUUUCCCACCCUCUCUAGCCGAAAGCUGCCUCGUGACCCAGAAUCCUCAGCUAUGUUGGAUUAUGAGCUUCACAGUGAUUUUGUUUCAUCACUAAUCAAAAUCCCUUCAGAUACAUUGGCCUUAGUCUCUCACUUUGAUAUCUUCUAUAUCUAUGGAUUUGCCAGUGGAAAUUUUGUUUAUUUUCUGACUGUCCAGCCAGAGACUCCUGAAGGCGUGUCUAUCAAUUCAGCUAGUGACCUCUUCUACACAUCUCGGAUUGUGCGUCUCUGCAAGGAUGACCCUAAAUUCCACUCCUAUGUUUCUCUGCCCUUUGGUUGUAUCAAAGGUGAGGUGGAAUACCGUCUACUUCAGGCAGCUUACCUUUCUAAGCCAGGGGAAGUCCUUGCCAGAUCCCUGAACAUCACUGCUAAGGAUGAUGUCCUUUUUGCCAUUUUUUCCAAGGGACAAAAACAGUACCACCACCCCCCUGAUGACUCUGCUCUUUGCAUCUUUCCCAUCCGUGCAAUCAAUGCCCAAAUUAAGGAACGGCUACAAUCUUGCUACCAGGGGGAAGGCAACUUGGAACUCAACUGGCUACUAGGGAAAGAUGUCCAAUGUACCAAGGCGCCAGUUCCAAUAGAUGACAACUUUUGUGGAUUGGACAUUAAUCAGCCACUGGGAGGCUCCAUACCAGUAGAGGGAGUGACCCUGUAUACAUCUAGUCGUGAUCGGAUGACUUCUGUUACAUCAUAUGUCUACAAUGGCUACAGUGUGGUAUUUGUGGGUACCAAGAGUGGCAAGUUAAAGAAGGUACACUUGGGAUUUGCUGUGACUUGGCUGAUUGCACAUGUGGAAAGGAGGAAUGAAGAUGAAAGUUUAAUUCUGAAACCUACACGUUAA